AUGAGUAAAAAAUAAUACUAUAAGUUAACAAAGGUUAGCAGAUAGGAUGAUCAGUGAUUGAGAUUCUUACCUGUAUCUCCUAGCUAGCUAGUUGAUCAAAGGAAAGCUUGUUUACAUUUCUCAUGGCUUCAAGUGCAACUCUUCCAUCUCAAAUGAAGGCUUGGACUUAUGCUGAAUAUGGAAAAUCAUCUGACGUCCUGAAAUUAGGCUCAGAUGUUGCUGUACCCCAACUGAAUGAUGACCAGGUUCUGGUCAAAGUUGUAGCAGCAGGGAUUAAUCCUGUUGAUAUCAAGAGAAUGCAUGGAUUAAUCAAAGCCGCAGAUUCUCCUUUACCUAUUGUUCCAGGCUAUGAUGUUGCUGGUGUGGUGGUUAAAGUGGGAAGCCAAGUAAAGAAAUUUAAGGAAGGGGAUGAAGUAUAUGGGGACAUUAACGAGAAGGCCUUGGAUCACCCAAAACAAUUUGGAACUAUAGCUGAAUACACUGCUGUUGAAGAGAGGCUGUUGGCUUUCAAACCGAAAAAUCUGAGUUUUAUUGAAGCUGCAGGGCUGCCCCUAGCCAUUGAGACUGCCAAUGAAGGCCUUGAAAGAUCUCAGUUUUCUGCUGGCAAAUCUAUCCUUGUCUUGGGUGGUGCUGGUGGGGUUGGCACCAUGAUUAUUCAGCUAGCUAAGCAAGUCUAUGGAGCAUCCAAAGUAGCAGCUACCUCAAGUACUGGGAAACUGGAUUUGCUGAAGAGUUUGGGUGCUGAUUUGCCUAUUGAUUACACCAAGGAAAACUAUGAAGGUCUGCCAGAGAAAUUCGAUGUAGUCUAUGAUACAGUUGGUGAAUGUGAAAGGGCAGUGAAGGCAGUGAAGGAAGGAGGACAUGUUGUGACAAUAGAAGUAACAGUUCCGGUGGUUCCACCAGCUGUUUUGUUCGUUCUCACUUCCAACGGGGCUGUUUUGGAGAAACUGAAUCCUUUCUUGGAGAGUGGGAAGGUUAAGCCUAUGAUUGAUCCCAAAGGCGUGUUUCCUUUUUCUCAAACCAGGGAAGCCUUUGCCUAUCUUGAAACUGGCAGAGUUAUUGGAAAAGUAGUCAUACAUCUAUAAUGCCAAGUGAAAAAGAAAAUCAUCAAUGUACUUUAUCUAUCCAUCUAUCUUUCUGGUUGAGAAUCCAUCUGUGUUGUUUUAUGUUAUGAUGGUAUUAAUAAGAGUUUGUUAAGAGAGGAAUAACGUUGGAUUAAUAAAAGUUAAAACAGAUAUUACUAGUUUUUAA